AUGAAUGAGAAUCAUGAGAUUGAGGUAAGAGCUUUGGUUAGAGUGGAUAGGAAGGAGACCUGGGCUAGUAACUCUCUAGCCGUUGAGAAAGACAAAUCCUUGGAAGACAAAAUAGUGGCCGUCGUUGACCUGGCAAAGAAGAGUGCUGCUGAUGAUGUUCUUUCUAAGGCUGUUUCUGAAGUGAUGGAGUGCCCCUUUCUACGCCAUAGAUUUUUAGAGUGGGGAAAGGAUGAGGCUAGAAAGGGAUCAGACGCAAUGGGAAACAUCCUCGUUUGGCUUAGAAUAAGAAGGAAUUAUUUUAGCAUGUCUGCUGUGGAGAUUGUGGAAGAAUUUCUAAAACUGGGCUCGGAGCGAAUCACAGAUGACCUGGACAAAAGGGAGCAAGGUGUUCUUAUUAGCAUACUCCAGGAAAUCUGUGUGUUUGUGAAAGAAAACAUUCUGGGAUGCAACAGAGAAUCGAUUUGCAUGUUUCUGUUUAGGAUUUUUCUUAGGCAGAGUAGAGCUAUAGACACCACGAAGAUAUUCGCCUUUGAAGUGUACAUCCAGACUGAUUUGGCCCUUCCGGACAGAGAUCUUGAGGCUAUUGUUCAUGAAAUGGACUCUCUGGAUACAUUUGAUGUGGGCGGAAUGAACUUCAGAGACCAUGUUAUUUUGUGCAUAUACAGGCGUAUGGUACUCCAGGGGCCAUAUGUAAUUGAAAAGAAGCAUGAGAGUUUCGUUGACAUUCUCUCCGAGAAGUUUUCUUCAUAUCACCCCAGUGAGACUUCCUUAAUCAGCCACCCUACGCCCUGUUCUAGAAUAUUGUGUGUGUCGCUUGCAUUUAGGUAUUUAAAGAUGCUUGGUGAAGAUAGACAAAAUCUUGACUCUAAGCUCUUAAGUCUCUUUCUGGAAAACAUGGUGGGUAUUCUAAGAAAGAAUGAGUAUUCUGAAGAGGAAAUUACAUGUUUUAGAUGUGUUUUUAGAAGCCUUAGGCCUUCUGCAACCAUUUGCAGGAUCAUCAGGUCCUUCGUAGUUCUGCUGUUACGAAUAUUAGAUAGUAAGAAGCAUGAGUCUCGAAUGAGAGCAGCCAAAGUUCUUUGCAGUAUUCAACUUGAUGGAAUGGUGAUAGGGAAGAAAAUAGCCUGGAGGAUUCUAAAGAUAGCAAGGAAGCAUGUUGAAGACAAACGAAUUACUGUUGUGAGGGGCGUGGUAAACAUUAUUGGCCAGAUAAACAUAAAGGCUUUAGAGAGUGGAAUGCAGAGAUUACAGUCUUCUUCAAUAAAGAAGAUAAUAUUUGACAAGAUCAAAGAUAGCCUUCAGACCGAGGCAUGCUACAGAGCGUAUAUAGAUUUGCUAGGCAACAAGGAUACCAGGGAUGUUGAGUACAAGAUUGAAGAUAUUAGACUGCUUGCAAAAGUGUUCUAUUCCUAUGAGGACAAAAACAUUUGUAGGUUCAUGAAGAUAAGCAUACCUUCUAUAGAGGACGUAUUUGUUGCAGAGCUAGCAGCCUUGUAUUCUAAAUUUUAUCCGGACAGUGUUGAUGAGGUAUAUGCUGCGUCAGUCCUGCUAAACUCUGCGGAAGAAAUAGUCAAAAGCAAAAAUGUUCCUUUCUAUAACAAUGUUCUGAAGGUGCUUAUGAAUUUAAAGCCAAGGUUUUCUUCCGAGCUAAAGCAAAGGCUUGCAGUGUUUCUCCGAAAGCUUGUGUUUUAUAGCCCAUAUACAAGAAAUGCUGGGAUGCUUAUCAACAUUCUAGGAUAUGCAGAAAUGAGAUUUCCUAGAAGGACCGACUACUUUGUUGCAAUACUUGGUUCUUGUGGGAGCCCGUGGAUGCGGGAUUACUUUUCCGAAUAUCCGUGGUCCCUGAAUAAGGAGCUUGGACUUGUAUAUAAUCUUCGGUUUGAUCCUGACUUUGGAGUAGUUUACAAGUGGAAGUUGGAAGAGAUACUGUCCAGAAUGGAAAGCGGGCUAGAGGAGAGGGAGGCGGCUGUUUGCACGGAGUUUCUCUCAUUUUUAAGUGAAGCUAUUGAGCUCAGUGCUGCAACUAGAGCCUACGCUCUUGCCUUUGAGACUUUAGCAAAGAAUUGCAGCUUCAUAGUGCAUGGGGCAAAGUCAGGCCACACAAAUGUCUCCAAGGAAGCAUGUAUUCUGCUGAAGAAGGCAACGAAAGCCGGAGCCAUUCUUCCACACGUGUCAAUCCCGGUGAUCUUCUCCUGUCACCUUGUUUCUCCGGAAAUGGUCUUUGCAUACUUUGAAACAACGCUGAGCACUAUGCAAGAGGCCAUUGAGAAUAAAAGAAGAAUGUUCAAAGAGAAGAGAAAGAUUGCUGAGUUCAGGAUGGUAUCUGAUAUCUACAAUAACUCCAGACAUAGGUCCAGAGUUGUAGAUAGGCUAUUGGAUAUAUUUGAUGAAUGCCCUAUCAAGACUUAUUAUCUUAUGGUUCAGGUAACAAAGUUUGAGAAAAAGGACUUUGCCAAAGUCAUAAAGGGGAUUAACAGCAUGGCUCACUCUUAUGACUUUGAUAGAAAUCGGCUUCUUUUCAAGUUGUAUGAGCUGUUUUCUGAUAUCCACAUUCUGAGCAGGACAAGGAGGGAGAUAAGAGUCUCCAAUGAAGAUAUUCUUUUUGAGGAGGAUGUGAGACCUGGUGACAUAGAUAUGCUGAGGCUUUGCACGGUUAAAUAA